CUUCCCCCGCUCCCCCUCCCCCUGUUUUUCUUCUCUCUGCGAAAAUCCAAUAAGAAAUCUUAAAGUUGUAGUUUCUUUUUUUUUUCGCGUGUGCAAUCGAUUCAUAUUUUCCUGUCCGAGAUGCUUGAAUCUGUCUGGUUUCUUUUUUAAAAGGAUGAACCUCAGAAUCCCUGCAGUUAGGGUUCUUGUAUGCCUCUGAACCACUGCACCCAAUUUGUGAUUCCUUUGCUUUUGAAGUUACUUUUAGGGUUUUGAAGGUUUGUUUGGUGGCUAGACAUAAAUUCUUGCUCAUAGACUUUCGAUUUGAGAUGGUUCUCUAAAAGUAUACCGCGGAUCUUAGUGCUCAGGCACAUUUAGGGUUCUUGCCCUUUUUCCAUUUCAAAAAGAGGUCGUUUUUACCGAACAAUAAUCUGUUAUUAUUUUGAUUUUCUCCUUUUGCUCUUUUUCCAUUGCAAAAAGAGGGUUUAUUUUUCGCCUUUUCUAUUUUGUUUUAUUCUUCUGGGGAUGGAGAAAGUAAUUAUUUAGAAUGCCCUCAAUCGAACCUGUGAACCUCUUUUUAACUACUGUACAAUUCAGCUUCUGUGCUGCUAUACCUGCCUGGUAUUCCCCUUCAGCCUUCACUGACCUGCUUGUGUUCUCCCUUUUACAGAUCAGCUCGGGACCAUUGGUGUAGGCGUGUAGCCAACAAAUUGUUGCUGGUUCUCCAUUUCCUCAGACUAUAUGGCUGAGACAGGAGAUGCAAGUCGCUUGCCAACAUCCCUUGAUGUGCUGGCUUCAGAUGUUCACUCCAGGCUGGAGUUCCACAGGUAUGCCUUCAUGGACUGUGUUGGCAUAAAAAAUGCGCUUCACUGUGUCAUCGAAGAAAGGGAAAAUCUCCAGCAACGACAGAAUGCGAUUGACCAACUGGUUGCUGAAAAGGACCGCCUCACUAAAAAGAAUGAAGAGCUGGCAGCAGAGCUUGAAUCUCUGAAGGAACAGCUCCAAGCAAGGGAAUCGAGCGAUCAACAGCAGGGAAGUGGUUUUCAGCAGAGCCACUCUGGAAUGCAGGCACACCCAAGAUCAAUGCCGAAAAGGAAACGGCAAUCUGGAGAUGAAGAUGUUGAUGAGCAUGAGCUUAUGGAAGAUCUUUCCGUUAUAGAUAAUCCUGAUCAAGGUUUAAACACUGAGCUUGAGGCUACUAGAAAGGAAAUUUCUGAUAUCCACUCUAAGCUGAUUGAGGGGUUCACUGAUCUUAGUACUACUGGAGGAAGGAAUAUCGCCCUAAAAAACAUAGGGCAAUUGGAUGACAGGCCAUUCCUGGCGGCAUGCCGUAAGAAGCUGCCUGCCGAAGAAGCAAGAGAAAAAGCUAAAGAAGUACACCGUGUUUGGCAGGGGCAUAUACAGAACCCAGAGUGGAAUCCCUUCAAGACUGUCACAGUUGAAGGUAUCCCAAAGGAGAUUAUUGAUGUCGAUGAUGACAAGCUGCAAGGGCUAUGUGCUGCAUGGGGUGAAGGGGUGCACAAGGCUGUGGUGAGUUGUUUGGUAGAAAUUCAAGAAAGUGGCAGGCUGGGAGAUAGAAACAUUGUGCCCGAGGUCUGGAAUUACAAGUGCAAGAGAAAAGCCACUCACAGUGAGAGCAUCGAGUACUUGUUCGGUCAAGUGAAGCGUCUGAGUGACGCGAAAUCCAGAACCCGCAGCGCAAGGUGACCUUGUAGGGGUGUGGUGGUGCAACAGGAUGAUGACCCACAGGUAAUCAACAAAGGGAGCUUACCACCUCACCUAUGACACUCAUUGUUGAACAAGCUAAGGGAAAUACUGUUUUUGACAUGUUUUUGCCUUUAAUAUGUUAGCACUGGAAAACUUUUUGUUUCAAGCAUCGUGGUAACUUUGAUCAUUGGGAAUAAAUUUGUUGAACCCGCCCCCGGUAAUUUCUGUAAAUAGCACGAUAACAUUCACGCCAUUGACCUGAUAAUUUAGAUACAAACAUCGUGAUAACUUUAACCAUUGGGGAAGACAAAUGUGAAAAGAUAUCCGAUAAUUUAUGUGUAAAUAGAUGAUAAUAUACGCAGCGCACAUCUGAUAACUGAGGUAGAAACACCAUGGUAACUUUGACCGUAGGGAAUUUUUUUUUUUUUGAAAAGAUACUCUGGUAUCUUCUGUGUAAAUAGCACGGUAGUAUAUCUCCCUCCCCUGGCAUUUUUAUGUGCAUAUAGCAUGAAAACAUAUGCACUGUGAUAACUAAACACCAUGAUAAGUUUUUGACCCGUGGGGGGGGGGGGGAAUUUGUUGCUGAAACAUACCCCUGAUAAAUUUUGUGUAAAUAGCAUGAUAUUUUAAGCACUACGGGCUUGAUAGGUUACCUAGAAUCACCAUGAUAACUUUUUGUUUCGGGAAAAAGUUGUUCAAAACACCCCCAAUAAUUUUUGUGUGAAUAACAUGAUAAUAUAAGCACCGCAUAACCGAUAACUUGCAAUAUAAACAUGAUGGUUACUUUUUUACCAAAGGAAAAUAAGUUGUUAAAAACAUACACUCAUCUCGCGCGUGGGCCUUUUGGAUGAACACAACACAUGGCGUGCCACGGGAAAGUCACAUAAUGUUUAAUGUCAUGAGGAACACACGUGCUAUAGACGUGAUAAGUUACGCAAAAACAUUAUGGUAAUUUUUGACCUAUGGAAAAAGCUAUCGAAACACACCCAGGUUUUAAGGUGCAAGUAUCAUGAUAAUAUAUGAACUGUAGACCCGGUAACUCAUGUACAAUCCCCCAUGGUAACUUUGACCGGGGGGAGGUUGAUGUACAUAUACCCUGAUAACUUAUGUGUAAGUACCACUGUAUUUUACACAUCGAAGACCUUAUAACUUGUGUACAAAACACAGUGGUAACUUUGAAGGGGUGUAGUUGUUGAAGCAUAGUACCUGGUACGUUCUAUGUAAAUAGCACGGUAAGUUAUGCAACACAUGCCUGAUAACUUGCAUACGAAUACCAUGGUAACUUUGUCCUGAGGAGAAAUCAUGUGGUAGACGUGAAGAAGUGACAGUUUUUUCGGGGGUGGGCACCCGAGAUGUGCAGGAGAAGCAGGUUUCUCGGGCGAGCCUACGGGGUCGUUUGGGAGAAGGCGAGGUCAAAGGACGAGGGAUCGUGUGGUACUUUAAAAUGAAAGAAGUAGAGGUGUGGCAGUUUUGCUUAUAUGGCACACGUGUGCCAAAUAUCAGUCCUUGAAAUUAAUAUGCAUUGCAUUUUGGAGAAACAUUCAGGUGCUCCCAAACUAAUGCGAACCAUCUAUUUUAUGUAAUGCCAAACUAAUAUGUACUGCAUUAGCUGUUUGCUCUUGUUGUAAGAGGCUAUGAAUGAGAAAGCAAUUCAAGUCCUGAGCGACAGGUAGCUCGCAAUCUUGUUCACUACUGCGCCUCAAUGAUCUAGUCCAAUUAUGUAUUCCAGGUCUGUAUAGCAUAAAUCGCCAGGGGCUGGGGUUGUUGGGCCAAUCUUUAUGACCCGCACCUUCCAACUUUAUUUAAUACAUUGUGUGAUUUCGGUCUUCUGGGCAGUUGUUUUGGCUAAUUAAUUGACGUGAAGAUGCCAUAACUUCUGAAUGAACCCAGCUUAUCGCAUGAUAUCGUGCAGUAGGUUUCUUAGCAAACAUCAAUUAGAUUUGUUAUAUAAUAUGGUUUUCUUAGUUUUCAUCCAUUUUGCGCCUUGGCUAGCUAAGUGACUACAUGCUCAUGAUAGAGCUACCUGUAGCCUGGGCAUUAAAAUGAUGCAAGCUAUGAAUGACCAUGUAAGGUUAAUAUAGAGUUUGCACCUAGUAAAAUUAUGUACUAUUAAAGCACAUCAUUAGUUAAGGGAAAAAUUAUCAUAAUACGAAUUGAUGCAUGGAAUUUUUCUUUCUUUAUUGGGACAAAAAUAUUCAUGUGCCAUUAAUAAUGUGUGCAUAUCAAUGUUGUAAUAAGUUGAAGAAUAAAGCUGCGUCAAAUGAUUAUCAUGGCAUGCCUAAUAAUAAAAUUAUAAUAAACGACCAUAUUUUUAGUUAUAUGUGAAUAGUAUUAGUCACCAAAAUUCCAAUGAACCAUCUUUAUACAACAUAUCAUUGGAUAUGCUCUACAUUUUAUAGUAAUUGUAAUUAUAUAAAUUGAUAUUUAUAGUGAUAUCGGUAAUAGUAUAUGUAUUUAUUGAUUGGAAGAGUGAGUUUUAGUUUUGAACAUAACUAGGAGGAUAUGCAAAACUUUUUGAAGAGAUGUGUAGUUUCAAUGUCUACCGGCAAUCAUAUAAAUUGUUCCAUAAGAAGUCGUCUUUCUUGGGCCUUGGUAUGAGAAAUGUAUUGUGUGUGCGGUAGUCAACAUGGACAUCAUCUAUAAAUUGGAAAUGUGGAAUUAAAAUUAUUAUUUUUUCCUCAUAACACAUAUAACAGCAAGAAAGCAUUCGAUCAAUGGAAGGUGAGAUUAAAAUACUCCUCUUACCUCUUGUUAGAUAAGUGGUAUCUUAAAAGGGCACUGUCUUCUAACCUCUAUAACACCUGUAGGGAAAAAAAUAUAAUUACAACGGUUCAGUUAUAAGUGUUUUAAUGUUGUUGUCCUUACAGCAGUGCAUAUGCAAUACAUUUCUAACAGAUUUUAUCUUGUCCACUCAAUCUUCACAAUAUCUUUGUU